AUGGCAGCACGGAGCCUGGCGGCGUUUGGAGCGGUGCUGGCUGCGUGCCUGGCGCUCACUGCAGCCACCAACCCCGGCUUCGUGGUCAGGAUCACCCAGGCGGGCCUGGACUAUGCCCACCAGCAUGGGAUUACCGUCCUGCAGAAGGAACUGGCCAAGCUGAAGCUGCCAGACAUCUCAGGUGACUUUCCAGUCCGACACCUGGGGAAGGUGCGCUAUGAGAUCUCCAGCUUGAACCUCCGCAGUUUCCAUCUGCCAUACUCUCGGAUCUCCCUGGUCCCCAGCGUGGGGCUGCACGUCGCCAUCUCCAACGCCUUCGCCGAGGUGGAUGGGAACUGGCGGGUGAAGUUUCACUUCAUCCGGGACCACGGAUCCUUCAACCUGGAGGUGAAGAGCGUCUACAUCAAGAUCGACCUGAAGCUGGGCAGCGAUGCCUCAGGGAAGCCCACUGUGAGCACUUCUGCCUGCAGCACCCGCAUCUCCAGUGUUGACAUCCACUUCUCGGGCAAGUUUGGCUGGCUGUACAACCUCUUCUACAGUGCUGUCGAGUCCAGGUUCAAGAAAAUCUUGGAGAGCAAGGUCUGCGACAGCGUGGUCAGAUCUGUUAGCGGCGAUCUGCAGCAUUACCUCCAGACCCUGCCAGAAGCAAACGCGUGCGAAACCCCUGCCUCUCCGCUGCUCGGGAAAGCCAGGGCACGGCACUGCGCAGAUGUCAGCAGAGGCAAGCUGCUCCCGGCUCUGCUGUGCCGUCUGCCUUUCACUCAUCCCUCUGCCCCAUGUCUUGCAGUCACGGCUAAGAUAGAUGCCAAGGCUGGAAUCGAUUACUCCUUGGUGGCACCACCAAUGGCCACUGCGCAGACCCUGGAUGUAGACCUGAAGGGUGAAUUCUUCUCCCUGGCACAUCGUGGUGCUGUUCCCUUCCCCCCGCCAGUGCUGGCCUUCCCUCCUGACCACGACCGCAUGGUUUACUUUGGGGCCUCCAGCUACUUCUUCAACACUGCUGGCUUCGCCUACCAUGCAGCUGGGGCACUGGUCUUCGAGAUCACAGACUCCAUGAUCCCAAAGGGUGUUGAAUUCCAUUUGAAUACCUCCACCUUUGCGGCCUUCAUUCCCCAGCUGGACACGAUGUACCCCAACAUGCUGAUGAAGCUCAGGCUGUCUGCUCCCUCUGCUCCAUUCCUGAGCAUCACACCAGGUGGGAUCUCACUCCAGCCCGUUGUGGACAUCCAAGCUUAUGCCAUCCUUCCCAACACUAGCCUGGCCCAUCUAUUCCUCCUCAGUUUGACAGGCAACGUGUCCGCCACCAUUGAUGUGAAAUCUGGCCACAUCGUUGGGAAACUGAACGUGGGCAGGAUGAAGCUCUCUCUGAAGCAUUCCGAUGUUGGCACUUUCCAGGUACGAAUGCUGCAGUCAAUAAUGAAUAUAUAUGCCUCCAGUAUCCUGCUCCCACGUGUUAAUGAGAGGUUAGCUGAAGGUUUCCCACUGCCGCUGCCAGACCGAAUACAGCUCUCCAAUAUCCUUGUGCAGUUUCACCAGAAUUUCCUGCUGCUCGGAGCAGAUGUGCACUACACGCCCCGGGAGCGCAGAUAACGAUGACGAAAGGGGCUCUCGCCAUGAGGACGGCUCCUCUGCCUGCCCCACGCUGUCCCUCCCGGGGGACCCUGUUCCCGUCCCCCACUUAGGUUCCCAGCCUCGGCUGCAGCCUCAGCUGCUCCCCCCUCCAUCCCUGCUGCUGAGACAGAAAACAAGCGGCCCUGCCAAGCCUGACUCACAGCCGGCCCAGCACAGACCGCAGACGCGCGGGCGGGGGCCAAAGCCAAACCCCACGGCUCAGGCUGGGCUGAGGGCUCCGUCACAGCCGGGGGGGACCAUGUAUCCCCCAGGUCCCAGCGAGCCACAGCCGCACAGCGGCUGCUGGGGCCGACCACAGCCUGGACCGGCUGCCCCUUCACUUUCUCCCUGUGCUUUGCCGUCAUUGAGUCGUGCUGCGCUCGGCCAGGGGGGUCCCAGAGCCCAGGGGAGCCCCCGCUCGGAGCCCUCACAUAAACACACCGCGGUGAAACCAGCAA